AAGUGCCGAAAAAUUUAACGAGAACAAAAGAGUGAAAGAGAAAACCGAACUCCUGGCAAGAUGGUGUUCAAUUUGAUGAACCAGACAUGCAAAGUGUGCGGCGAACCGGCGGCGGGCUUCCAUUUUGGAGCCUUCACCUGCGAGGGCUGCAAGUCAUUCUUUGGCCGAUCUUACAACAAUAUUAGCACCAUCAGCGAGUGCAAGAACGAUGGCAAGUGCAUCAUUGACAAGAAGAACCGCACCACCUGCAAGGCCUGCCGCCUCCGCAAGUGCUACAAUGUGGGCAUGUCCAAGGGCGGCUCGCGGUACGGCCGCCGCUCCAACUGGUUCAAGAUCCACUGCCUGCUGCAGGAGCACGAACAGGCCGCCGCUGCGGCCGGCAAGGUACAGUCCGCGGGCGGAGUCACCUCCUCGCCUGUCGGCUCCCCACACACACCUGGAUUCGGGGACAUGGCCGCAGCCGCCGCCCAUCUGCAUCACCAGCAUCAGCAGCAUCAGGCCCAGGCCCAGGCCCAGCAGCAGCAGCACCAACGCCACCCACACAUGCCCCUCCUGGGGUAUCCCAGCUACCUGGCCGAGCCCUUCGGCGCCCGCCAUCCCGCCGAUGCCGCCGCUGCAGCGGCCCUGCCCUUCUUCAGCAUGAUGGCCACCCCCCAGUCGGCCUUCCAACUGCCCCCGCAUCUGCUCUUCCCCGGCUACCAUGCCAGUGCGGCGGCUGCAGCGGCCGCGGAUGCCGCCUACCGCCAGGAGAUGUACAAGCACCGCCAGAGCGUCGACUCGGCCGGUUCGGUGGAGUCCCAGAGCCGCUACACACCGCCCAGUGUGGCAGCAGUGCCCUCGCCCCCAGCCCGCCCACAGACUCCCAUCGAUGUGUGCCUGCAGGAGGAGGAUGUGCAGUCCGUGCACAGCCAUCACAGUCUGCACAGCCAUCACAGUCACCACAGCCAGACGCUGAUGCAUCCCAUCGCCAUCCGUGCUACACCCACCACCCAGCUGUCCGUGAGCCACCCCUCUACGCACCACUCCAGCCCCAUUCCCAUGGCCAAGUCGCAGAGCAGCAGCCCCCUCAGCUUUGCCGCCAAAAUGCAAUCCCUGUCGCCCGUCUCCGUCUGCUCGAUUGGCGGUGAGACCACAGUGCACCAGCAGCUGGAGAAGCCGCAGCAGCAGGAGCAGCCGCAGCAGAAGCAGCCCGCUUCCACAGUUGCCCAGGAUGGACCCAUGGACCUCAGCAUGAAGACGUCGCGCAGCUCCGUGCAUAGCUUCAAUGACAGCGAUGCCUGCAGCCUGCAGGACGAGCAGGAGCAGGCGCCGCGUCGCAAGUUCUAUCAGCUGGAGGCCGAGUGCAGCACCGCCAGCAGCAGCAGCAGCUCCAUCCACACCUCCUCGUCCUCCUCCAGCGAACACGAGGCCGUCAAGCGGCAGAAGCUGGGCGGUGGCCAGGAGGCGGUGGUGUCGUCUCCCUUUGGGGCAGCCACAGCGGCGGCACGCAGCGGCUUCGCGGUGGCCCACAAUGCGGCCAGUGCGAUGCGCGGUAUCUUUGUGUGCGUCUAAGCGGAUCGAUCGUUGGAGCGGUGGGAGGAGCCCCAGUUCCCUCUCCUCGCCCCCCUCCACCCUACACCACUUGUUGUUGAUUUUUUAGUGUAUUUUUUUUUGUUAAAUGUUAAUUUCAUGUGCGGGCCUCACUCGCACACGAGACAGAGACAGAGAGCAACAGAGACAGAGAUGGCGAUAGACUGGUUUGCUGGAAAGAGAUGCCCAGAUAGUUGCAUCGCACUCUCUCUCACACUCACACACACACACACACACACAUGUACUCGUACUCGAACACCUAUUGAGAGCUCAAAUCCAAAAAUUAUUUUUACAGCCAGAGAAAAUGUUUCCCCUUUUACCCAACCCAAACUCCUUGAAAAAGAAACUGUACAUAAUGUAUCUUCAUUUUGAAUUGUAUCCAAGAGGAAGUCUAGGAUCUAUAGUAUAAACAAAAGUGAGAAAAGUAGCAAGAAAAUAAGUCCCGACCCGACCCACACCCUCAAAAUGCUAUUAUUGUACAUAGAAAUUGUCAUGUCUAAGGUUCGAUCUUAAUUCUGUGCUAAGUAUUUUAUUAUAUAUUUUUAUAUUUGUAGUUUUAGUUGUAGUUACUAUAUACAUACGUAU